GCUUUAUCAGUCGCGUCUCCUAACCACCAAGACCAAACAUCUCCAACAUCAGUACCAUAUUUAUCGUCAUGGCGCCCGAUCCGCAACCCGAACAAUCCGCGCAAGCCGAAGCAGCCCAAGAAACAACUCAAUCUCAAUCACAAGAACCAGAACAACAACCAGAAUCAGAACAAGACCCUCCCGCAUCACCACCCCUCCCUCAGCGACACACAGCCGUUACGCCUGGUCCCCGCGCCGCGCGUCUACAAGAACUCUACGCGCGAUCGCUAAAGAAGACGCUGGGGAAGAUUGGAUGGGACAAUGUCGCCGGCUGCUACCCUACGGUUGCGAAGAGGGCGGAGGGUGUGUUGAGGCAGGUUCAGGGACAAAUGGUUGAUAAGCUUGGCGAGAAGUGCGAGAAAGAGUUUGAUAAUAUUAUGGUGUCGAGACAGGUCGUUCCUAAGCUCAAUGACUUAGAGAGCCUUAUUAGCGAUGCCUCCCGCCGACGCGCCGAGUCAACAACAGAAGAACCAACACCUCCUCAUCUUCUGCCCCCAUCAGCAAUCCUCGCCGCGCAUCUCACACCCGCCCUCACAGCGCACCAGUCGCAGCUCAAUGCUCGCCUACAAACGACACAAUCGCAAAACGCUCUGUUGUACGAUGAAGUUCGUCGUCAAAGAGAAGAAAUUCGUACACUUCUUGAUGCCCUCGAAGCUGUCGUCGCCGAUGUCCAGGGCGCAAAUGACGCGCUGCGCCCGGUUAUGGACGAUGUUGCUGCUGAGACGAGACAGGGCAUAGCAGCCGUUGACGCUGCCAAUGGUGGUGGGGAACAAGGAGCGUCAUCAUGAGCAUGAACGACGAAAAAGAUGCAUAUAGGUGGCAGAAAAGCUGAACGUAUGCUGUGGUCAUCCAAUGGACCCGGGAGUAAUGGGCGUUAUUAUACCAAUGUUUUGUCUUGUAUAACAGCAUUUACGAAGCAACGUUCACAGUUAAUCAAGCAUUUAGUUGCAAUGACAUCUUUCAAAAUGUUU